GUUUUUAACGGGAAAAGUGAAACUGGAUCUGCUUGGACUGAAUGUCAGCUGAAAUCAGCGGAGAAAGAGCGCGAUAUUAACUUUAUAAAAUAAACAACCUCCUCUGAGAAGAGCCGGAUAAGAUGGCGUCGGCCAACGAUACCCGUCAUCAGACACAGGUGCAGAAAGACGUUGCUGAUCAGAAUUUUGACUACAUGUUCAAGCUGCUCAUCAUUGGCAACAGCAGUGUGGGAAAAACAAGUUUUCUGUUCCGUUACGCUGACGAUUCGUUCACCUCAGCAUUCGUCAGCACAGUCGGCAUCGACUUCAAAGUCAAAACGGUUUACCGCAACGAGAAGCGAGUCAAACUUCAGAUAUGGGACACAGCGGGACAGGAGAGGUACCGAACCAUAACCACAGCUUACUACAGAGGGGCCAUGGGAUUUCUGCUCAUGUAUGACAUCACUAACCAAGAUUCCUUUUACGCCGUGCAGGACUGGGCGACUCAGAUUAAAACAUACUCAUGGGACAACGCUCAGGUGAUUCUGGUGGGGAAUAAAUGUGAUCUGGAGGACGACAGACUGGUGGCCAGAGAGGACGGACAGAGACUGGCCAAUGAGCUAGGUUUUCAGUUUUUUGAGGCAAGUGCGAAGGACAACAUUAACGUCAAGCAGGUGUUUGAGCGUCUGGUCGACAUCAUCUGUGACAAAAUGAACGAGAGCUUGGACACAGACCCGAGCAUCUUAACCAAUCAGAAAGGGCCCAGUCUUCAAGACACGCCCCCUGAUGGACAGAGCGGCGGCUGCGGAUGUUAAUGAUAUUCUUUCUCAACAAACACUCAUACUUGAAGGCAAACAUUCACACACUCCCUCUUUCCCUCUAACACA